AUGGAGCUCAUCGUCUCCGCGAUCAUGAGCGAUCUCCUGAACAGAGCCCUGUCCAAGGCGAUCCAGAGGUACAGAAGGUCCAGGGCACAAGAGACAGAGCACAAGCUCAGGCGGCUGCACCGCGUGCUCCUCAAGAUCGACGCCACGGUGGAGGAGGCUGAGGGGCGGCACAUCACCAAUCAGGCCAUGCUCCGGCAGCUCCAGAUGCUCAGACAAGGCAUGUACCAGGGUCACCACAUGCUCGACACCAUUAGGUACAGGUACAGCGACGAUGCGAGUGGUGGUGACCUCCCUGUGGCUGCCUUGCCUAGAUUCAGUUCAGCUAGGCGCCUCCUCUCCCGGCCUUUCAACUUGCCGGUGCUGGGCACCGCGCUUGGCGCCGAGAUCUCGAAGCAGCUGGAGAAGACGCUGGACGGCCUCGAGACGCUGGUGGGCGACACGGCGGAGUUCACCAUCUUCUUGGAAGGAUACCCUCGCAUCUGCCGGCAGCCGUACAGCACGCACCUGGUUGUUGGCAGCGUGAUGUUCGGGCGGCAGAUGGAGAUGGAGACGGUCAUCGACUUCCUGCUCCGGCCAGACGCCCCUGGCAACGAGAAGAAUCCCGGCGUGCUUCCAAUCGUUGGCGCGGCGAAGAUAGGGAAGAGCACGCUUGUCGAGCACGUCUGCCUUGACGAGAGGCUGCGCGGCCACUUCUCAUCCAUCGUUGUCUUCACCGUGGAGGAUCUUGGCGCCGGAGACCUCGCCGCUUUCAGAGGCAACGCUGUGGUCAAGCACCAAGACGUCGCCGCCGCUGCCUCGCAUGGCAGUGGCAGCAGGUCACUUGCUGUCAUCGAGCUCGCCGGGGACGUGGACGUGGACGAUGAGACGUGGAGAAGGCUGUACUCCUCGGCAGCGAGCAGCAUGGGGAAUAAUGGGAAGAUUGUGAUCACAAGCAGGUCGGAGAAGAUAGCUGCUCUUGGGACAACCAGGGCUCUCAGACUGAGGGCGCUCUCCAGAGAAGCCUACUGGUACGUCUUCAAGUCGCUCGUGUUCGGAAGCGCCAACCCCGGCGAUCAACCAGAGCAGCUCGCGUCCCUGGGCAUGCAGAUCGCGGAGCUGCUGGACUGUUCCUUCUUGGCAGGAAACAUAGUGGCGAGCUUGAUGAGAGCCAACAUGAACGCCGAGUUCUGGCGCAGGGUGCUGCGCUGCUUGAGAGACUACACAAGGAAACACCUGCUCAUGUUUGGCGAGCGUCCUAGCCGUCUUCUGCAGAAAGGCAAGUCUGUGAGCCUUUGGAGAAUGGCCAGGGCACACGAUGCAGUUACAAUCUGCAGCGUCUACCAGAUACCAGCUACCCAGCACGAUGUCCCUGAUGUAACUGUGCAAGAUCUUCUAUCCGGGCGUGUUACUAGUCAGGAGGGGAGUUUCAGUGCGGUGGCAUGGAGAUCAACCAUUCCGCCCUACUUCACCUACUUGGCAAGCUGCGCGUCGGAGACGGCCAGAUGUUCUACGGUCAACAAGAAACGCCCAAGGCAUGCAAGGGAAUGA